UCCCCAAAUUUCAAAAUUUAAAAGUUUGAAAAACCCUAACGUCAAAAAUUCCAAUUCCCUUCCAAAAUCCUGCAACUCAGAAUUCUCGCAACUCCUCUCUCUCUUUCUUUCUCUGCGCCUGGGUUCCGAAUUCUUCAGCCAUGGAGUCGAGCGAACCCCUUGAAGUCCCGGAGACGCCGACCGACGUCGAACCGGAAGAUUUGGAGAAGCUGGAGUCGGAAGUGAAAGAAUUGGCGGAGAAGAUUCUUCAUUACAGAGCCGCCUUGCCGGAAAAGCUGAAGAACACGUUCGUUUCGGUUCUCGCUGCUCAGAGACCCUAUUUGCCUGAUCUUUCAGAGCCUGGGACCUCCGGAGAAGUUUCUAAUCCAGAUGCAGGAAACGUUACUUCCAACGUGCCAGCAAAUGGGGCUCAAGGGACUCUUGAGAAAAUACAAUUGCUUAAAGAUAAAAUUUCAAGCAAUGCCUCUGCAAUGCCUGUUGUCGUGAAGAGGAUGCAAGAAUGUCUUUUGAAGAUUGACAAAUUAGAUUCUCAAAACCUAACCAUACAUCCGGCAUUUAAAAGAAAAAGGACUAGCUGACCUACUUUA